UAUGGAAUUGCUUAAUGUCUAAGACAUUACAGAUAGUAAAGCGUCUUUACAGAAAAUUCAAAUUCACUAUAAGUAAUACUUUUUUAUACUCUCAACUGGUGGUGAAAUUGAAUUAAGAAUGUUGAGCCGCCAUCUCCCAGAGGACGUGGUGACUGAAAUUUUGUCGACGCUGCCGGUAAAAUCGUUGAUGCGAUUUAAAUCUGUGAGUAAAGCCUGGUAUGCUCUCAUCAGAAACCCUCAUUUCAUCGCAAAGCACGACAAUUUCGCCAUUUCUGAUCACAAUCGCAAUCACUGUCGUCGAGUCAUCCUUGAGCGUUACCGAGCAAUAGAUACCCCACGUUUCUCCAUGCACUCUAACGACACCCUGGAGUUUUCCGGCGACAUACAUCUCAUCCCACAAUUGUUCUCAGAAGAUAUUAACCCAGUACUUUUCAUCGGUUCCUGUAAUGGAAUAGUUUGUGUUGUUGGUAUUUCUUCAGAGCGUUUUCAUUUUGGUCCUGAUCCAGACCGGGCUUGGGAGAUAGGGCUUUGGAAUCCUGCAACCAGCGAAUCUAAGAGGCUUCCGUUUGUCCCUCGCCCGCCUGAUUUUGUCCCUUUCCCCCCUGAUUUUCGCGUCCCGAGUUACUAUUUUGGCUUUGGUAUCGAUCUCAACACCAAUGACUUCAAGGUGGUUAAAAUCACGUGCUUCUAUUCUCCGCGGCAUUACCAAGUUGAGGUAUACAACCUUACUACUGAUUCUUGGAGAGUGAUUGAUGCAUCCCUCAACUUAGCCCAUUUUAUUUGUAGAUCUAAUUUUCCUUCAUACUUAAAUGGAUUCUGUUAUUGGUUGAUUUUUCCUCGGCGUUGCGACAGGGAGCAUAAUUUAUUGCUUUCCUUUGAUAUGAGCAAUGAGAUGUUCCGGGAAAUAAUGUUGCCUGAUGAUGUAGGAUCUCCUGCUGACAUUGCCAUUAUCAAUGACUCUGUAGCUGUGAUUUUUCCUACGUCUAUUGUGGAAUGUUCUUGGACUAAACUAUUUACGAUUGCAGUACCCAGCCGUCCUUUACAAUUUCGGGACGAUGGUUUGAUUGUGCUUAACGGCGGCCAUUGUGUUUCAGAUAAAUGUUUGGUAUUGUUUGAUCCAAGAACAGGAGAACUUAAGAAUCUUCCAAUAUAUGACGAAGGCUCGGAAACGUUUAAGCUGGUGAGUUACAGAGAGAGCCUAGUUUUAGUUAAUGGAUGGAGGAAUGUGCUUGAGCAACAAUACACUUGAUCAUUAUGAUAUUGUUAUCACAGAUUUGGACUAUUAUUAUUUAUGUAUUCGAAGAGGACUAUAGAUUAAUUACUGUGAAACUGAGUGGUUUCGAUGUUGUGAUUUUGGUCAUGGAGUCAAUUGACUGCUUAUGUAACAAAAGUUGAUUUAGUUGAAGAGUUGGUCCUAUUUUGCUUAAAUACAAUGGUUUGUGGAUUGGAAUUACAUGAGGACCAUGACGUCCAGGAGUAUGACAGAUUUUAGCUUCAAUUGAGAUGGUUUCACUUUAAAGUA